AUGUCCGACAUCGCCGUGAGUGAGGGCGCCGCAGCGCGCCGCAGCUCGCCGCUGGAGAAUGUUAAAGGUUCACCCUCGUCAGGGCGCGUGUUUAUUUUUGCUCGGGAAGGGUUCAACUCCUGUAGAACUUUCCGUACGGCUCGGAGACGAGCGAUGACGCAAGGUUGCCUAGCGCCGUCGUACAGUAAACACGAUACAUCAAUGGAGGAGAUAACAUCAUAG